ACAAGAGACUCGGGGAGACGCUGGAAUUUGGGAAAACCAUCAAACUCUCUUCCACUAAUUACACCGACUGAGCUUCAAUCUUUCAAAAUCCCUUCGGUUCUUGCACUCAGCUUCAAUGUUUAUAAAUACUAAACCGCAUUUCAAUUCCACUUCAAAUCAAAUCUUCCCCAAUCUUCCCCUGUUUGUUUCAUUCAACAGCUAAUCUCUGCAGCGUUUUUGGUUUCUUGUUCUUCCGACAAUGGCGAAAAAUUUAUCUCAGGCCUUUCUCGAGAGGAAAAAUCUGGCCUCCCAUGACCCAAAAGUGGCAAUGGCGAAGCGCUGUGCUAAAGAGGGUGUGAUAGCAGGGGCAAAAGCAGCUGCCAUUGCAAGUGUUGCCACUGCCAUUCCCACAUUGGCUAGUGUGAGGAUGCUUCCAUGGGCAAAAGCUCAUCUGAAUCACACAGCUCAAGCGCUCAUAAUCUCCACAGUGGCUGGAGCAGCAUACUUCAUAGUGGCUGACAAGACUGUUCUUGCAACAGCAAGAAGAAACUCCUUCAAGCAAAAUCCCAACACUGAAGCAUAUGAACUCAAUUGAGUUCUUAACCUUGAAAGAUUUGAGGGCAGGCAUUGACUAAGCUAGCCAUCUCAAGAUUUGCUUACUGUUGUUCUUUUAAUCUACUUGAACUUUGUUCUAUGAAAAUCUGUGUAAAUCCAUUUACUAUUUCAAUAAAUAAAAAUGGGUUUU